CCGGAUACAAUACGCGCAUCGCUGCUCGCCUUAUUUAAGCUUGUAUCACUCCACUUGCAAGUAUCAUAUCGAAUCAAGUGUAAUACAAUCUACUAGAUUACUAAACCACAAUUAUGUUGAAAUUCAAAACACUCGCAACGUUCAUAACCGUUGCUGCCACUGUGAUGGCGCAAGGUGGCAUGCAGCCCGCAGAGCAGCCCGUAGUGCAGCCCAUCGUUGCAGAUCCAUCACCCACGGCGGUACCCGUAGCCCCAAUCCUCGGAAGUGACUACAUCACUUGUGCGGUGAAGGACGUUGAAAGCCCGUUGGGCUGUGCCGUGGUACAGGAUGACAAGGAGUGUUGUCGGUAUAGUUCGAAUUGUAAUGGAUUGAACAAGUGUACUCCCUCGUACUGUUGCACGGGGUCAGCGGGCCCCGUUGUCUCUGAUACACCACCUCCUUCACCCGUAACGAGUGAAACAGAGACCAUUACACCAAUGCCCCCAAUUCUCGACAGUGACUACAUCACUUGUGCGGUAAAGGAUGUCGAAAGCCCGUUGGGCUGUGACGUGCUACAGGAAGACAAGGAGUGUUGCAGGUAUAGUUCGAAUUGCAAUGGAUUGAACAAGUGUACUUCCUCGUAUUGUUGCACGGAAGCAGCACCCGAAACAACCAACACACCAUUGCCCCCAAAUCUUGAUAGUGACUACAUCACUUGUGCGGCAAAGGACGUCGAAAGCCCGUUGGGUUGUGACGUGGCACAGGACGACAAGGUGUGUUGUCGAUAUAGUUCGAAUUGCAAUGGGCUACGCAAGUGUACUCCCUCAUACUGUUGCAAAGGUACUGCUACUUCGACACCUCAUCCGGAACCUUCCAGUACACCUAGUUACGAGCCGGUCGAUAACUAUAUCAACUGUGCUGUGAAGAAAUCUGAGGGUGGAUUCAAAUGUAGCGGUGGUGAAGAGGUUGACACUCACAAGGAAUGUUGCCGAUGGUCUAAAGAAUGUGGUGAUUUGAGUAAAUGUACUGAGAGCUACUGCUGUACUAGCGAUUCCAAUUACCCUAAACCAUCGCCAUCGGCUAAACCUGAGGAUUUCACUAUUAAGUGUAAAGAAAAACUCGGACUUCAAUGCUCAAAUGGAUACGAGAUGGAUAGCAACAAAGAUUGCUGUGAAUAUCCUGGAGCAUGCGGAGAUCUUCGCAGUUGUAAAACUGAUUACUGCUGCACAGAAUCUGGAGUUCAAAUACCUCCUGAUACAGUAGGGGCAUGUGAAUGUGAUGGGGUAGUGCUGAACCAGAAAUGUUACUCAUCUCUCAAGGAAGCUAUUCGAGCUGCUUCUGAUGGGGACACAAUCUACGUUGGUGGCGAAAUUGAGGUCGAUGCACCUAUCGCUUUUGAGCAAAGUCUGUCUUUCAGUGGUGUUCUCUGUGACAAUGACCGUGCUCAGAUCAUCGCUACCUUCGAUGAGGUCGAUGGCGCUAUCUUUGAAGCUGUGAACGAGGAUUCUCAGGAAGUAAACUUUUUGCACUUAGCUAUUACUAGCGAGGGCGAUAACUCUGCCGCCGCGUUCCACUCUCUCGGAAGUGUCAACGGAGCACCUGACCAGGUAGUAGCUAUGAGUUUAACCAACGUGUGGAUUCAUGACAUGUACAGUCAAAGACCUGGUGUAGGUAUCUUCAUUGGAUCCUCGAAUGGAUUGUCUAUUGACGACGACUGUGUGUUCACCGACUUGAAAAUGAGCACAUCAGAGAUGGAUAUGUAUGCAGGUGGAGCCGCUAUCGCCGUUGUCUACCUACCCAAGGGAAGUGAGAUCAACAUCGCUGGUUAUUUCAAAGAUAACAGCGCAUUCUAUCCCGAUGCAUCGUUGCACAGCGGGGGUGGUGCAAUUUAUCUAGAUUACAUGGAGGGAGAUGUGACGUUCACAGCUGCGUUUGAGAACAAUUCCGCCAAUCAGGGGGGGGCUGUUAAUGUACAGGGUGUGCUCGGUAACAUGGUUGUUGAUGGCUACUUCAAUGAGAACAAAGCUAUUGAUGAUGGCUAUGGUUCGAGAGCCGGCGCUUUCCGUGUGCUAGAGAUCGAAAGUGAGGGUUCAGUACUUUUCAGCGGUUCAUUCGUCGGAAACACAGCCCAGGGACGCGGAGGCGCCAUUGCCACUAACAUGCACAGAUCAGGCAGUAAGAUGUACUUGGAUGGAAUCUUCCAGAACAAUGUAGCAUCUACUGUUGGUGGAGUUUGGAGUUUGUGGACUGAAACCCAGAUGGAAGGCCAGGUGCAGCUCGAUGGCGAUAGUAUUUUCGAAGGUAAUCUGGCUGUGUAUGACGAUUCCGACUCUGGUAUAUACAGUAUUGUCGUAUCAGGCGGUGAUACCGAUAAGCUUGCCGAGAACGAGUGGUUCGGUCGUACAAUCACUAUCAACUAAAUGUUUCGUGACAUGCAACAUACAAUACGGGUUGCAACAUGCAACAAGUACUACAGUUUGCAAAAGUGUACUGAAAGCCAUUUUGAACGCUGCAAAAUCAAUAAAAGUAUAGAUACAUUUGAGUACUUGAAAAAUUUAC